CUGUUAAUUACUUGAACAAACAAACAAAACCCCGACCUCACUUACUAGCACCAGUUACCUUACCUCCUUUGCGGGCUUCUCUUUCUCCCUCUCUCUCUCUCUCUCAAACGCCGAUUUCUAAUUCUACCUUCACCCAAACGCCCUCGUUUUUUCCUAAUAGUAACCCAACACGACACACUUCACUCUACCAUUUUGCCUGUUUCGCGGUACCGGAAUAUUUGUUACUUUCUGUGUUCAGAUGAUUCGGUGCUGAUAGAAUGGGCUGUGUUUUAGGCAAGGGAGAUCGGCGGAAUACUUGCGAUCGUCGUCGGAGCUCUGAGAAUGCCUGUUCCGCCGUCACCGUCACCGUCUCCGAAGACGUUAACCAUGUCGUUAGAGUUAAGGAGGAGGAGAAAACGAUAAACAGGAAUGAUAUAAGACGACACACCGGAGACUUUCCGCCGCCGGAGCGACGGAGAAUUGGGACGGAGACUCAGCAGGGAUGGCCGUCUUGGCUCAUGGCCGUUGCCGGUGAUGCCAUCCGUGAUUGGACUCCACGCCGCGCAAGCACCUUCGAGAAACUCGACAAAAUUGGACAGGGGACGUACAGCAAUGUGUACAAAGCUCGGGAUCUUGUGACAGGGAAAAUAGUGGCAUUAAAGAAGGUUAGGUUUGAUAAUUUAGAGCCAGAGAGUGUUAAGUUUAUGGCAAGAGAGAUACUUGUAUUGAGAAGGCUCGAUCAUCCCAAUGUGAUUAAGCUUGAGGGUUUGGUUACUUCAAGAAUGUCUUGUAGUCUUUACUUGGUUUUUGAGUACAUGGAACAUGAUCUUGCUGGUCUUGCUGCUUGCCAAACUGUCAAGUUCACUGAGCCCCAGAUCAAAUGCUAUAUGAGGCAGUUAUUGUCUGGGCUUGAGCAUUGCCAUAACCAAGGUGUCUUGCAUCGUGAUAUCAAGGGUUCCAAUUUGCUUAUUGACAAUGAGGGGAUACUGAAAAUUGCUGAUUUUGGAUUGGCAACUUUCUAUGAUCCUAGGAACAAGCAACCCAUGACUAGUCGAGUGGUCACCCUCUGGUACCGUCCCCCAGAACUUCUUCUUGGGGCCACUUACUAUGGUGUAGGAGUUGACCUAUGGAGUGCUGGGUGCAUUUUGGCAGAGUUGCUUGCUGGCAAGCCAAUAAUGCCUGGAAGGACAGAGGUCGAACAGCUCCACAAGAUAUUUAAGUUGUGUGGCUCCCCAUCAGAGGAAUAUUGGAAGAAAUCCAAAUUGCCAAAUGCAACACUUUUUAAGCCUCAGCAGCCAUACAAACGCUGUAUAGCUGAAACCUUUAAGGACUUUCCAUCUUCUUCUCUACCUCUAAUAGAAACUCUUCUUUCAAUAGAUCCUGAUGAACGAGGCACUGCCACAGCAGCCUUAGAUAGUGAAUUCUUUACCACCGAACCUCAUGCUUGUGAGCCAUCCAGUUUACCAAAGUAUCCUCCCAGCAAAGAAAUGGAUGUAAAAUUGAGAGAUGAAGAAGCAAGAAGGCAAAGAGGUCUAAGUGGGAAAGCUAGUGCUGUUGAUGGUGCCAGGAGAGUUAGAGUUCGUGACCGGGUUGGUCGGGCUAUUCCAGCUCCAGAAGCCAAUGCAGAGAUUCAAGCUAACUUAGAUAGAUGGAGAGUUGUGACACAAGGAAAUGCCAAGAGCAAGAGUGAGAAAUUUCCUCCUCCCCAUCAGGAUGGAGCUGUAGGACACCCUCAAAACGCAUCAGGUAAAGCGCCUGAUAUUUUUAUUACUUCAUCAACUUUCAAUCCAAAGUCAUCAGCAGCAGCAUGUGCCAAAAGCACUGGAGCUUUUGGGGGUCCUUCUAGAAAGAGAAAACCCAAUAAGGAGGAUCCCCAAAUGGCUCCUUCUCGGAACUUCAUCCGUGGUUUCAAGCCCUCCUCAAUAGGUCUAUCUCUGGAUAUGAUUUUCAAAGGUAAAUCUAAAUCUGAGGUUUUUGGCAACCGAAAAAUAGAGAAUAAUGGAAUUAGUUAAUACGAUAUUUUUUUUUUCUUCACCGGAUUAGGUGCUUGUUUUGCCACACAAAUCCAUUUUUUGCCUAUAAAAUUCCUAUUUAUUCUAGCUCAGCGUUAUAAGUAUUUAGGACACAAUCCCCACCUCACCCCACGUAAUGUAUAAUCCUUGCAGACGAUCUCAUCUCUUUGUAUAGUUUCUGGAAGAUUGCUAGCUUUAUAGAUAUUGACGUAGUUUUU